AUGGCGGGAAUUUUCGAGCAGCCACGUAAUGCGGGCACCCUUUUUCUCGGCGGUCAGAAAAUUAGCGGUGCCGAUAUACGAGACCAGAACGUGCUCGCAACACAAGCUAUUGCAAAUGUUGUCAAGAGCUCGUUCGGCCCUUCUGGGUUGGAUAAGAUGAUGGUGGAUGAUAUCGGGGAUGUCACAGUCACAAACGAUGGGGCUACGAUCUUGAGUCUUCUGGAUAUUGAACACCCCGCGGGUAAGAUUCUGGUUGAUUUGGCUCAGCAGCAGGACAAGGAGGUCGGUGAUGGCACUACCUCUGUGGUCUUGAUUGCCUCGGAACUUCUGCGAAGAGCAAAUGAGCUUAUGAAAAACCGAAUUCACCCUACCACGAUCAUCACGGGUUACCGAUUGGCUUUAAGGGAGGCGGUUAAAUACAUGAAUGAAAACAUCAGCACAAAGGUUGAGAGCUUGGGAAAGGACAGCCUAUUGAAUAUUGCCAGGACAUCGAUGUCUAGCAAGAUUAUCGGUGCCGAUACCGAGUUUUUCGCCAACAUGGUUGUCGACGCCAUGCUUCUCGUUAAAUCCACGAAUCAAAGGAAUGAGGUUAAAUAUCCAGUCAAGGCCGUGAACGUCCUGAAGGCUCACGGAAAGAGCGCAACGGAAUCUUUGCUAGUUAAGGGAUACGCUCUUAACUGCACCGUUGCAUCUCAGGCCAUGAGGACACGUAUAACAGACGCCAAGAUUGCUUGCCUCGAUAUGAACCUCCAGAAAGAGAGGAUGAAACUGGGUGUUCAGAUCACUGUUGACGAUCCCCAACAACUAGAAAAGAUCAGAGAGCGGGAGUCCGGAAUUGUACUGGAGCGAGUAGAGAUGAUUCUCAAGGCUGGUGCGAAUGUUGUGCUUACAACUAAGGGCAUUGAUGAUAUGGUCUUAAAAACAUUCGUUGAGAAAGGUGCCAUGGCUGUACGACGUUGCAAGAAGGAGGACUUGAGGAGGAUUGCCAAGGCUACCGGAGCCACACUUAUCAGCACACUUUCAGAUUUGAACGGCGAUGAGAAAUUUGAGACCUCAUACCUUGGCUACGCUGAGGAGGUCGUACAGGAGCGCAUCUCCGAUGAUGAAUGCAUCCUUGUCAAGGGCACGAAAGCCCAUUCGUCUGCAUCAAUCAUUCUACGCGGCCCGAACGAUUUUCAACUAGAUGAGAUGGAACGAUCCGUUCACGACUCUUUGUCCGCCGUCAAGCGUACCUUGGAAAGUGGAAGCGUUGUUCCUGGAGGCGGUGCGGUAGAAACUGCACUACAUAUCUACCUUGAGGAAUUUGCUGUCACUGUGAGCUCCCGAGAACAACUCGCUAUUGGAGAGUUUGCGCAAUCCCUCCUCGUCAUCCCCAAGACGCUAGCUGUCAACGCUGCGAAGGAUGCGUCGGAACUCGUUGCCCAACUCCGAGUUCGCCACGCCAUUUCCCAGCGACUCCAAGAAGGCGAUGCCAAUGAAGAGGAAAAGGCUAUUGCAAAGAAGAAGACAUACCGCAACUACGGACUCGACCUAACCAAGGGACGAGUCAUGGACUCUGUGAAGGCCGGUGUGCUUGAACCCAGCAUGAGUAAGGUGAAGCAAUUGAAGAGUGCUGUCGAAGCCUGUAUCGCUAUUAUGCGUAUCGAUACCAUGAUCAAGUUAGACCCUGAACAGCCAGCAGAGGAUGAUGGGCAUGGUCAUUGA